AUGUCAAGGAAUAAUACUGAACAAGUUCAUCCAGCUCAAAACGACGACGUCGAAACAGCCUCAAUGGAUGAGUCAAAUUCCAAGGAGUCACACCAAAAGAGAGGUAUGAAACGAUUAUGCAUCGCAACCAUAAUCGUACUGCUCUUUACCGUUGUAGUUUUGGUGUUUACAACAACAAUCUUCCAUGUCCACACUCCCAAGUUUCGAAUUCGAUCAAUGACCAUUGAUGAGCUCACUACUAAGAGUAGCUCAAAUAAUGUCAUUGAUAUGAAAUUUGAAGCUGAAAUUGGCAUAAAGAACACCAACUUUGGCCAUUUCGAUUUCGAAAAGACCCAAGUUGGAUUCUUUUACAGGGGAACUCAUCUUGCUUUGGCCGAUGGUGAUGUGUUAGUUGAGGAAGGAAAAGUCAAACCUCGGUCAACUAAGAAGAUUCAAUUCACAGCUGAGAUUGGGACAAAAAAUUUGAUUUUGGAUGAUGAUAUUGAAUCGGGGUUUUUAACUUUGACUAGUAAGGCCAAGAUAAAUGGGACAUUUCACUUCAUGGAGUUGAUCAAGAGAAAUAGAUCUUCUGAGAUGAAUUGUAGUUUCACAAUUAAUUUGGACAAAAAAGUUGUCCAAGAUAUAAAUUGCCAAUAG